UUUUAUUCUAAAGUGACUUGACACUUGUGAAAGUAUUUGUCAAGUAUGGGAUUCACAAUUGAAAUGUGACCUAGUGUGCACCCGGAGCAGUGGGCAGCUAUCGUUACGGCGCAUUGGGUGCAACUGUGGCUGUGCCUUGCUCAAGUGCACCGUAGUUUUAUUUUGCACGUAACAUUUAGUUUAUAUUUUUUAUUUGCAAAUCUUUAACACAGUCCUUUUCUGAAGUUGCAUUGUGAAGCGAUUUACUGAAAGCUUUGAAGAAGGGCGGAGCCGCAAAUUGUGAGGAAGAUUAAUUUCGUGACGAAAUGGCGACCCCGCCCUCGUGUCUGUGUGUUUCUACAAGGUCCUGUAGGCAAAAGUAAAAGUCCUUUCCUGCUAGAGCGAGCGCAUUCUACAAACGACACGUUUAAUCAUCAUGUCUGGAAGAGGUAAAGGUGGGAAAGGACUCGGAAAAGGAGGCGCUAAGCGUCAUCGUAAGGUUCUGCGUGAUAACAUUCAGGGUAUCACCAAACCCGCCAUCCGUCGUCUCGCUCGCCGUGGUGGUGUCAAGCGUAUCUCCGGUCUUAUCUACGAGGAGACCCGCGGUGUGUUGAAGGUGUUUUUGGAGAAUGUUAUCCGUGACGCCGUCACUUACACCGAACACGCCAAGAGAAAGACUGUUACCGCUAUGGAUGUCGUGUACGCGCUGAAGAGACAGGGACGCACACUGUACGGUUUCGGAGGUUAAACGAACAAAAGAUAAACAAAACCCAAUGGCUCUUCUAAGAGCCACC